AUGAUACCUGACACAAGCUCAGAAGGAAUUAAAAAAACAUCCGUAGUGGAGAACACUCUCAAUCCUACUUACAAUGAAAUAUUUACAUUUCACAUUCAAUCGGAAGAACUUGCAGAUGCUAAACUACGAUUACAAGUAUGGGAUAAGGAUAUCUUCAGUAAAGAUGAUUUCAUGGGAGAGAGAAUCAUCGACUUGGGAAGAUUCAAUUUUUCUGAAGUAGUGACUAAUUGGUUUGAUCUUGAAGCAGAGACUGAUUUGAGCAUUACUGGUGACUUGGAAGUUAGUUUAAACUACAGACUACCACAGACAUUGCUAGUGACAGUAAAUCGGGCUAAUGACUUGGUAAGAAGAGAUCCUGGUAGAAGUGCUGAUCCAUAUGUCAAAGUAUCCAUACCCGGUAUACCAGAAAUCCACAAGACAAAAAUUGCCAGUGGUACACUGAAUCCUGUAUGGGAUGAAACUUUUGAAUUUGAUGUAUCUCAAGAAGAACUUGGUGAAAGGUAUAUUGUGUUUCACGUCAUAGAUCGUGAUAUUGUGAGCGAUACUGAUUCAAUGGGGCAGAUUUGUUUUGAUUUGGAUAAUUUUGAUAUUGAAGAAGGAUUUAGAGGGAAAUUUCCACUAGCUGACAUGAAAAAUAAUAAUCGUGUGAGGACAAAAUGGGCCCAGAAAGCCCUUGUUCAGGAAUUCAAAGAAGCCAUGUAUGCCCAUGCAGUGUAUGGAAAUCCAGGAUUUCUCUUCCAGAAACAAGAUGGAAAUAAGGUGUUAAGAGUAGAGAGCAAGAAAGCAGGUACGACUACCAAGUUGCGCACUGUUGAUGGUGUGCCACUGUAA